ACUAUCUUGUCCUACAAUCAAAUAAAUAACAUUAUAAACAAGCCAGCAUAAGGGUCUAACUUACAUCUAUAUUUAAAAUGGGUGAAACUCAUUGGGUUAAUAAUCCUUCAGCCUUAUAUUAAUUCUAGCAUUUAAUGAUCUAUUCGAUUCUACUGAAGUUAGGAAUUGUAGAGGGAAAAAAGCAAACUAUCAAUAUGGUAAAUGAGCUGUCUCGGAGAAAUCAGAAUUUGGUAGAAGAAUUUCUAAAUCUACAUUGCAAUGGUCAUCAGAAUUAUUGGCAAGACACCUGUUUCAAAGGCAACAACAAAUCAUGUUGGAGGUGUCCUGAACUUCCUAAUAAUAAUAAUUUUAUUGUCAUUGUAUGCGUAUACACAGUAUAUCCAUACAAUGAAAUUCACUUAACACCCAAAGACCAGGUCCAACACACAUAACAAUCCUCAAACACCCACCCCCCCACAAAUUCCCCACCCUCAAACCACCCAAACAUCCACACAACAGACCAAGUAAUGCUGUCCAACAGCUCACUGAUGGUGGCCCUUUAGUUCAUUGUUGAGUGCAAUUAUAGCCCUGGGAUAAAAACUAUUCAGAAAUGUGUGGUCCGAGUUUUAAUUAAGCCUUGGGACAGUGGAAUACAUUGUGAUAAAUGUACCAGUAAUUUAGUAUUGAGAAUGUAAUGUUUAUAAUUUAGUUCACAAUGCUUUGCUUUUCAUAUAGUUAAAAUUAUCUGAUUAGGUCCUUGAGUGGAAAAGCAGGGUAUGUCUGUAGAUCAUCUAGCUGCACAUUUAUUUUAUACAGGUGUGUGUGUGUGUGUGUAUGUGUAUAUGUGUGUGUGUGUGUGUGUGUGUCUUAGCUACUUGACACAAUUGUCUUUCCUAUUGUUGGGAGUUCCACAUACUCUAAAUCCAGCUGGGAGUGAUAUACUCUGGGUAAAUUAUUGCAAUUAGAAGAGAAAAUGAGGAAUAAUUUCAUAGCUUGGAUUUAGCUUAUUUUUUCUUGGCUGAUACCUUAAUUCUUCUGACUGAAGCUUUAGCUUCUCAGGAGGGGUUAUAUAUAGGCUGCCAGGCUAGAAGCCUUAGCAACAGAGAAGAGAUGGUAGGCAGUGGUGAAGGCAAAAGCUCUGCUGUAACACUUUAAGCCCAUUAAUUUCUCAGUCACCAAGGGAAACGAUGCUUUGCUCCUCAUCACCAGUGGAUUUGGCAAAUUAGACAGGAAGGAAAGGCAGAAAAAGAACAAAACCCACCUGACUAUAGUGCCUGGAUGUCUGCUGGCAGUUUGGCUCUGCUGAGAAGCAAGAAAUUGAUAUUUGGGAAGAAGGAAAAGCUUCAGUUUCUGAGACAAUGGAACCAGUCAUUGUGGGUAUUGAAGACUUGGUGACCUGGUGAACCAAACAUGACUUGAAGAGUUUCAUCUAGAGUAUCUUCUCCUCUGUCAAAAAUCUUUGCGUCUCCUUCUUGAUAAAGACUGAAUUUCUUUCUGGUGGAAUUUUAUUAGUCAUCUAAGAGGAGAUCUGGAUGACGGGUACAGGAUUGAAAUCUGUUGUACAAUAGUAUUCUUUAAGCUGUAAAGACUUGGCCUUUCUGGAAGUUAUCAUCUGCUUCUGCUUCUAAUUUAUCCUGAACUGGCCAGCCCAUUUCCAUCCCCACUUCUACCCUUUUCCCAUCCACCAAACAUCCUACCUCUGAUGAUCGAAAUGCACUGGACAUUGCUCUGCCUCAUCUUUUCCCCACUACUGAUAGCCUCUGAACAUGGCUUACCCAAAUUUAUCUGCAGUCCUAUGCCAUUGGAUAUGGAUAAUGGUUGCCAGUCAAAUGGCCAUCAACGACAUGGAGGCACAGCUAAUGGUGCAGGCAAUGGCCAUUGGGUGGGGACUCUAGAAGAAGCUAAGGAAACCAUCCUGCAUCUGCGGGAGACAGUGGUGCAUCAAAAGGAAAUGAUCCUUGACCAGAGAGAGACCAUGAGAGAACUGACAGCCAAACUGAGCCACUGUGAAACCCAUUCCCGGAGGCAUAGUGAGCACCAUGGAAAUCAUCAGGAAGAGAAUCAUAACCAUAAGCACAGCCAUCAUGAAGGUGGGCAUCGGGGCCAUCAUGAUAAUGCUCAAAGGGGACAUCAUGAGGAUGCUCACCAGUCUCACCAUGAAGAUGGCCAUAGGGGACACCGUGAUGCUGGCCAUCAAGAUCCCCAUGAAGGCCACCAUGCCCAAGAGAAUGAGCAUCAUCAAACUGCACAACCUGGGAACCACGAACCACAGGUUGGGCACAACACUCAUGAUUCUUCUCACAAGGCGCCUACAUCUGCUCAAAUUAAUGCUAUGGAAGAUCCACCCAAUGAGGCAUCUGCUGCAAUACAUCAGAUGGAGAGAAUGUUGAAAUCCCUGAAGGAGAGACUGGAGCAUUUACAGCACAAUUGGAAUAGUUCAACCUUCUCCACAUCCAUGUGGGAUACUCUUCAGGAAAAGAUCAGCUUGUUGGAGCACCAGAUCCAUGAGAAAUCCAACACUUCAGAACAUCAGACUCCCAGCGUACCAAAAGCAACAGGGAUGAGACAAAGGCAUGCUUCACAUGGACGCACAGUGGAGAAAGGGAACAAGGCAGAUAAGCAUUCCGAACAUUUUCAUGUGGAUUUCCCUCUUCGCACAAACUAUAUGUAUAUCAAGAUCAAGCACACUCUGCAACGUGAAAUCUUUGCCUUUUCCAUCUGUCUCUGGCUCAAGUCAACUUCAUCCCCAGGAAUAGGCACACCUUUCUCCUACUCAGUGCCCAACCAAGCCAACGAAGUGGUGCUUAUUCAAUGGGGAAAUAACCCCAUGGAGUUGCUCAUUAAUGAUAAGGUUGCAACUUUGCCAUUGGCCGUUAACGAUGCCAAAUGGCACCACAUCUGUGUGACAUGGUCAACUCGGCACGGCAUCUGGAAAUCUUAUCAGGAUGGUGUCCAAAGAGGGAGUGGGGACAACUUGGCUCCUUGGCAUCCUGUGAAACCUGGUGGUGUUUUCAUACUAGGCCAGGAGCAGGAUACUCUUGGUGGCCGCUUUGAUGCCACUCAAGCUUUCAUUGGGGAAAUGUCAGAUUUCAACAUGUGGAGCUAUAUUGUGACACCUGCUGAAAUUUACAAGAUGGCAACCUGCAGUAGCUCCAUUGGUGGUGAUCUUAUCAAUUGGACUGAAAACUCUAUAGAACUUCAUAGAGGAGUGAUCAAACUACCAUAUAAUGCCUGCCACUAAGAAUCCACCCAAGAAACAUGGACAUAACAUUAUCUGGGAGAGAAAGAUACCUAAUGAUUAAAGGCAAAGCAUGGGAUCAAGAUUUAUUUCAUACAGUGGUAGAAAGGGUUGGGAAAUCAAAAUUUCCGGGUUCCUUGACAAAAAAAUGGGGGCCUUUGUGUUUGGCACAUGUGCAACAAAAAGAAAGUGGUUAUGUAUGCAGGUAGGAAAAUCUUAAGAUCCAGAAAUACAAUGAAAUAUAAUUUGGAAUAUAUGUUUUAUAAAGCUGAGCAAUUUUCAAAAUAAGAAACAUUCCCACAUGAUAAAUCUGUACUGUGUAUUGGGAUUUUCUUAAUGUAGGAGCAGGAGCAAAAAAAUAAAGUUCCUCAUGAUGACAAUAUGGCUAAUAGGACACUUCAUUUUCAAGACCUUGAUGUGUAACAUAGGUCCACUAGGAAGAUAUUUAUGGUAGAUUAAAAUCCAAUUUUUGACUAGCAGUUUUCUACUUUUUGGAUAUUCAAAGAAGGAAUGGGAAAAAGAAUUUGUUAGUAUUUUUUUCCAGAAUCUUUUUCCUGAAUGUUCUUUCUUUAAAGAAAUAGAUGAUCACCUUACCAGAUAAAUUGAUUGGAUGAUGCCCAACUGUUAUCUGCUUUAAAAAAAAAAAUUAUAUUAUGUAUUUUAUUUAUUGCAAGCUUUCUAGAGUCAUGUAGGUGAGAUGAGCACUAUAAUAAUCAAUCAAUCAAUCAAUCAAUCACAUUCUCAAAGAUUUUCGAAGAUUCAUUCAUUAAUCUUCUAUCAUGAGCCAGAAUGGCUCAUGAAGACAAUAAAAAUAUCAAUGGCUUUUUUUACAGAUCAUACAUAUGACUAAAAAAAUCUCAGCAUUUCUGUUCAGAUAUUUUCUACCAGCUUAGUAGACCUUUAGCUUCUUCUCAGGAAAUAAUUGCCAAAAACCCAGUCAGGUCUAGAGGAAGAGUAUGAAACAUUGUAUAUUAAUAUCUUAGUUUCUAAGUUAUUUUUUUCUGAGUUCACCAUUUUUCUGCCUCUCUUUCCAUUCCCCCCACCCUCCAUUGAUUUAAAUAGUAUUUAUGUACUGUAUAUAUCUUUUAAAUUUGAAUAAAGCCAUGCUUGAAAAAAAAA